AUGGCUGAUAAGAAACGCACCCUGGGGCUGUCCAAACUACAGCGUCCACCUAGACUCUUGGCUAUCAUCAGAGGACGCAGCGAAGACGAAGCGGCUUCGGACAGAAGUAUGGCGGUGCAUACCAACUCAAAAUUCAAGGAGCCUGCGGCCAUCGACGCACCACCCGUGUCGAGUGAUGAGGAUAAUGAUGACUAUGAAGCAUUACGUUGCAGAGACUCUUCGGACUCGGACGCUGAAAGGAACAGAAAAAGUACUACGGAUAUCAAGCCAUAUUUUGGGCCGGAGUCCAAACUGAAUCCUCCAUCAUCUGCGCGCAGGAGAAUUUCCACGCCCAGCAAGGAGCUUUCGCAAAAGGAGGAGGAAGCAAAAGAAGAACCGCAAGAAAAUGUGCAGCCGAGCUCCGCGGGGUCAAAGCGAUCGGCUGAUAAGAUGUUGGGGAAACACUUGAUGGACUCAGACCUAGGCUUCACGAAGACGUCCUCGAAGAAGCUGAAGAGGACCUUUAGUGGCAAAGCAUCUCAAAAGCCGGCACAUAAGCCUACCAAAAAGCCUUUGAACUCCCGUGAUACUUCUCCACCCCGGGGUCAGUUCCACAAGCCUCCGACCAUUGACAGCCCUAGCCCUGUAAGGAGAAGGGCAAGCACAACUUUCAAGGACAACGCGAUAGACUCAUCACUCCUAAGUAGUCCUGUGAAGCGUAGACCCGCUAGGACGACAGCCCUCAACGGUUCGCCAGGGAAAGCAUACAUGGGCUUGACGCUGCCAGACUUGGACUUCACUGACAACUCCCCUCACACACGGCGGUCCUCUAAAGGAAAACAAGAUGACAUACAGCAACGUAAGAAUAGCAAAGCUCUACGAGAAGACGACUUCCGGAGAGCAACAUCGCCAGUAGGGGAAUUCAAAAGCCAUUUCCUGGACAGUAUAGAAGACCUCAGGGACCUUUCAGACGACGUCUCCAAACCCAUGCCAAGCACACAGCAAGUGGAACACGAAUUUGGCAAUGACCCCGAUUCGGGUCUUAGCUCCUUGGACGAUGCUAUGUUUCCCAAAGACCCGCGAUGUCCCAUGUGCCAUGAGCUGGUCGACCCGAAACUACUCAAAGAGUUCACGGCAAAAGGCAGGAUGAAUGUCAAGAAGCAGACCACGUUUUGUAGAUUGCACAGGCGGAAAGAGGCAGAAGGCACGCGAAAGAUGAAAGGCUAUCCCAAGGUCGAUUGGAAUACGCUGGAACCGCGAUUCGAGAAAUAUGAUAAGUUGCUCAAGCGCAUUCUGGAGGGUGAGCAACCCUCGUACUAUGCCGCAGUGCUAGGUGGAAAGGUCGAAGCCGGUGAAAGUAGAACACUGCUUAAGGCAGAAGAGAAUCUGAUACCGGGUUACUAUGGGCCAAGAGGUCUACGAGUAAUGACUGACUACAUUAUGAGGACGUUUUCGGAUACGUUGCGGAGGAGAACUAUUGAAGAUCGCUUGGUAUCAUCAAGAGGAUAUUCGGGGUAUGUUCAGGCUGUACUAGUCCCUGAGUUGGCCGUCCACCUGAUCAUGGAGGACAUGAAUGUCAGCGAAGAAGGAGCACGCAACAUCAUGUCUGAGAGCAGCGAUGUAGGUGAGCUCGUACAUGAGGAGAUGAGGGACGUUGUGUCGGAUGAAGAGGAGCACUGA